GCGGGCACGGCCCCGCCCGCCCGGGUGCGCCUUGCGGAAGGGGCCCAGGGCGGGCCGAUAAAGGCCGGGCAGCGGGCUCGGGGCCAGUGGCACCAUGGCAGCUGCGAGGGACACGGCGCUGCUGGCCUGCGUCCUCUUCCUCGGGGGCACGGCGCUGGGGGCCGCAGAAGAACCAGAAGCGGAGACCAAAUAUGGGAGAGUCCGAGGCUACCCAUUCACAGUGGACACAGCUGAGAGGACUGUAAAUGUCUUUUUGGGACUUCCUUUUGCUAAGCCUCCACUUGGAUCCCUGAGGUUUUCUGAACCCCAGCCACCGGAGCCUUGGGAAGGUGUCAGAGAUGCCACUUCCUACCCACCAAUGUGUCUACAAGACCAAGUACAAGGACAGAAUAUUUCAGAUAUGAUUACCAACAGAAAAGAGAAAGUUCCUCUGCGAGUGUCUGAGGAUUGCCUGUACCUAAAUGUGUACACACCCGUUUCUACAGGAAAACAGGAGAAGCUGCCUGUCUUAGUAUGGAUCCAUGGAGGUGGAUUACUUGUUGGAGCAGCUUCAUCAUAUGAUGGCUCAGCAAUGGCAGCCUUUGACAACGUGGUGGUUGUAACAAUUCAGUACAGACUAGGUAUUGCUGGAUAUUUUAGCACUGGUGAUGAGCAUGCCCGAGGCAACUGGGGAUAUUUAGACCAAGUAGCAGCUCUUCGGUGGAUUCAGGAAAAUAUCAUGCAUUUUGGUGGAGAUCCAGGAUCUGUCACCAUCUUUGGAGAAUCUGCAGGAGGAAUCAGUGUUUCUGCUCUUGUCUUAUCUCCCCUGGCCAAGGGCUUGUUCCACAAGGCCAUUUCAGAGAGUGGCACUGUAACCCUGGGCUUGUUCACUGACCAGCCUAAGGAGGAUGCACAAAAAAUUGCUGCUGCCUCUGGCUGUGAAAAGUCCAGUUCAGCUGCAAUGGUUGAAUGCUUGAGAGGAAAAACAGAAGAAGAACUACUACAGAUAACACUGAAAAUGGAUUUUUUUUUGAUCAAUACUUGUGUAGAUGGUGCAUUUUUUCCAAAAAGUCCCAAGGAAUUGCUAUCUGAAAAAUCAAUGAAUGAGGUCCCAUACAUAAUAGGAGUAAAUAACUGUGAAUUCGGAUGGGUAAUUCCUAUGGCAAUGAAAUAUCCUUUUGUGGAUGGUCUGGAGAAAGAUGUUGCACGUCAAAUUUUAAAGAGCAAUUUAGCAAAAUUAAAUAAGGGCCUUACAUCUGAAGUUGUAGACAGAGUGUACCAGGAGUACAUGGGGCAUGCAGAAAGCCCUGCUCAGGUCCGAGAUGGCCUCCUGGAUGCAAUGGGAGAUGUCUACUUUGUCAUCUCAGCUGUGGAAGUGGCCAGAUACCACAGAGAUGCUGGCAACCCAGUCUACUUCUAUGAAUUCCAACAUCGACCGAGUUCAGUGGAAGGUGUGGUACCAGAGUUUGUAAAAGCAGAUCACGGAGCUGAGAUUGCCUUUGUCUUUGGAAAGCCAUUCUUAGCAGGAGGUGCUACAAAAGAAGAAGAUAAACUGAGCAGAACUGUCAUGAGAUACUGGACCAACUUUGCUAAAAACGGAAAUCCCAACGGAGAGGGCUUGGUCCAUUGGCCCCUGUAUGACCUGGAGGAAAAAUACCUGGGAAUAGACCUGGAGCAAAAGGCAGCAGAGAAACUGAAAGAACAUAGAAUGCAGUUUUGGCAACAGCUCAUGAAACAAAGCCAGACUGGAAGGACAAAACACACCGAUUUAUAAGAGCUGUGGAGGGUACAGCUUGCUUUUAAAACCCAAGGGAAAGUCAAACAAACUGAGGUGGUUUUUUUUGCACACCUGUGGAUCUCAAGCAGUGUCAUCUGCGCUACCUGGCCACCCCCAUUUGUGCAUUUUCCACAACUUGUGAAGAACACCAGUUGUGGCAAUUAGUAACAGCUCAUUGCAGCAAGCAUCCUGCCAGUUCUGUCACACAUUUCUUACCCCUUCCCUUGGUUUGGUCUGACACAGCCUUUAUGUCCAUUAGUGGUGUGUUUGUUGAAUCAAUGUGUCUGUCCUGGUACAUUCACAAAAAUCAUUAUCCUAA